UUUUAGUAAUAAAAGUAGGCUAUGCAUUUGUGUGUUUGAGAGUGACAUCUUCAAAAAAAAAUUAAAUUAAAUAUUUUUUAUUUUUUUUGAAGACAGACGGCUUGACCAGCCCAAACUUCAAAUCAAACCAACCAAAUCUCUCUCCUCUUUCUCUCACAUUAUUAUGAACACUUGCUAAUUACUACACCAAUUUAUCAUUAACUAUUUAUAGUUUAAUACCCAUUUGGAAGUAAAUAUUUUUUUUAUACUAUAUGAUCUCAAAUUAAUAUUUAUCUCAACCCUCCAAAACCCCAUUGUCAAACCAAGAAAUUUUCAAGCUUAUAUUGGAAAUUUUAUAUUUUUAGAGAGAGAAAAAGUUGGUGAGAAAAACUGUAAGAAUUUUGAUGAAAAGUUGUGGGAGAGCUUGAUUUUUCACUACCAGAAUAAGAGGUAAGAAAGCUCAGAUUUUUUUUUCUUUUUGCUUUCUCUCUCUACCUUGAGAAAGAAAAAGUAGAAAUCUUUAUUUUAUAUUGAGCAAGGAAAAAAAAAACUUGUAAUUCAGCAUUGUUUAUGUUGUUUUUUUUGGGUUUUUUCUUAACUACCCUCAAUGAUUACUGUGAUGUUUGUGAGAAACUGUUGCAUAGAAGAAUAAAAAUAAGACUGAGUUAAGUUGAGUUGAAGAAAGAACAGAAAAGAAAAAGAUGUGUAGAUCAGUAUUUUAUUGCUAUAUGUUGUUGUUGUUGUUGUUAAAUGCUUGAAAAUGGAUCGAUUUAGAAAACCCAAUUUGUUAUUUGUUAUAGAAUCUGUGUUAUUAUGGUGGUGGUUGUUGGGAUUUGGGAGUACAUUGGUUUUGGUUGUUGGUCAACAGCAGCAACAGCAAACUUUGGGUUCAGAAAGAGUGGCUCUGAUACAACUUAGAUCUUCACUGGGUCUUAGAGCUAGGGAAUGGCCGAUCAAACCGGACCCGUGUUCGAAUUGGAGUGGAAUUCAGUGCAUAAAUGGUUCUGUUGUUGGGAUUAACAUAUCAGGGUUUAGGAGGACUAGAAUUGGGGGUGAAAACCCUCAAUUUGGUGUUGAUGCUAUUGGUAAUUUGACCAAUUUAGUGUCAUUUAAUGCCUCGUUAUUCGCCCUUCCUGGACCGAUACCUGAUUGGUUCGGGCAGAGGUUGGGAAAUUUGCAAGUGCUUGAUCUUCAUUCUUGUUCAAUAAGAGGUUCUAUACCUUUGAGCUUGGGGAGGUUGAGAAGGUUAAGGACUUUGGUUUUGUCUCAUAAUGAUCUUAGUGGUGAUUUUCCAUCGAGUUUUGGUCAACUGGUGAACCUAUCUAUUCUUGAUCUUUCACACAAUUCACUUAACGGGUCAAUACCUGAUUCCUUUGCCUCCAUGAGGAAUCUGUCGUUUCUUGAUUUAUCAUCGAAUUCCUUCUCCGGGCCAAUCCCUCGUAGUAUUGGUGUUUUGCAGAAUCUCAGGACUUUGAAUUUUUCUAACAAUAGUCUAAUGUCCACUGUCCCCCCUCAACUUGGUGAUCUUAGGAGCCUGGUUGACCUUGACCUUAGCUUUAAUACUCUGGUGAGUACGUUGCCUGUGGAUUUAAGGGGGUUGAGGAGUUUAAGAACAAUGGUAAUUGGGAACAAUAGACUUUCUGGUGCACUGCCAGAUGAUUUGUUCACAGCUUUGACUAGGUUGGAGAUUGUGGAUUUGAGCCACAACAAUCUUUCAGGUGCUAUUCCUGAUGCAUUAUGGUCGAUCGCCACGUUGCGCCUUGUUGAUGUCUCUGGAAAUAAUUUUACGGGUGUCCUUCCAAAUAUUACCUUGAAUCGCAAUGCCACUGCUGCAGUGCUUAAUCUCUCUGAUAACGAAUAUUAUGGGGCACUAAAUUCGGCUCUCCAGAGGUUUAGUUCGAUUGAUUUAUCAGGCAAUUACUUUGAGGGAGAGGUACCAGAGUUUAUGAGUGUUGAUGCAUUGAUUAGUGCUAAUUGUCUACAAAAUGCUUCGGGUCAGAAGACAGAAGAGGAGUGUUCCUCAUUCUAUGCAUCAAAAGAUAUGGUCUUUGACGAUUUUGGGCGUCCAAGUACAAAUUUGUCUCCAGAUGCAGGACCAGGGCCUACGAGGAGGAGCCACAGACGCACUAUUAUAUUGGCUUCAGUUCUGGGGGGUGUUGGUCUAUUGCUAUUGUUGCUGUUGCUGCUAUUACUGUUCAUAUGUGCCCGAAGGAAGCGUGGUACAAGGCAAAGAGGGAACGGUGUGGGUCCAAUUCCUCCAACUGGGGCUGGUCCACCUUCACCAGGGGUAUCAAUAAAUUUUUCAAGUUUGGGAGAAGGAUUUACGUAUCAGCAGCUACUUGAUGCAACAAACAACUUCAGUGAUUUGAACCUCAUUAAAAAUGGGCAUUCUGGUGAUUUAUACCGAGGUUCCCUUGAAGGCGGCAUCUCUGUGGUUGUUAAAAGAGUCAACUUGAAUUCAGUUAAAAGGGAGUCAUACCUUGUAGAGUUGGACUUUUUCAGUAAAGUAUCUCAUCCCAGAUUGGUUCCACUUUUGGGAUACUGCUUGGAUCAGGAAAAUGAGAAAUACCUUGUUUACAAGUACAUGCCCAAUGCAGAUUUAUCAAGUUCUUUGUACAGGAAGGUCAAUUCAGAUGAUACUAUGCAAUCCCUUGAUUGGAUAACAAGACUAAAGAUAGCCAUAGGAGCAGCAGAGGGUCUAUCAUACCUACAUCAUGAAUGUACACCACCCUUUGUUCACAGGGAUGUACAAGCAAGCAGCAUACUCCUUGACGAUAAAUUUGAAGUAAGACUUGGCAGUCUCAAUGAGGUCUGUGUACAAGAAGGAGAUACUCAGCCAGGAGUCAUUACAAGAUUGUUGCGGUUGCCCCAGACCUCUGAACAAGGGCCAUCAGGUUCUCAGACAUCAACAAGUGCAUAUGAUGUUUACUGCUUUGGAAAGGUGUUGCUUGAGCUAGUUACAGGUAAACUAGGCAUCAGUGCGUCAAAUGAUACCAGUAUGAAGGAGUGGAUGGAUCAAACGUUACCCUAUAUAAAUAUCUACGACAAGGAACUCGUACAGAAAAUCGUAGAUCCCUCUUUGAUAUACGACGAAGACCUCCUGGAAGAAGUCUGGGCAAUGGCUAUCGUUGCUAGAUCAUGCCUUAAUCCAAAGCCUUCAAGACGGCCCCUCAUGAGAUAUAUCCUUAAAGCAUUGGAAAACCCAUUAAAGGUGGUACGAGAAGAAAAUGUCGGGUCAGGAAGGCUUAGAACAACAUCCUCUAGAGGAUCUUGGAAUGCUUCAGUAUUUGGAAGUUGGAGGCAAAGCUUAGAUGUUGGUGCCGCUCCUCCUGCUUCCCGAGUUGAAGGAACGGGAAGCCUUAAACAGUCAGGUACUUCCGGGUCACAAAGCAGCGGCAAGGUUGCUGGUGGGGGUGAUAAUUCUUCCUCACAGCGGCGGCAGUCUCGGGAGAUAUUCCCGGAACCCAUUGACGUGCAUGAUGUAGAAAGACCAUAGGCGAGAUUCGAGAAGAAUAAAGUCUACUCUAUUCAUGUCACAUUCUUUGUCAAUAACAGCUUGAGCCCCGGCUCACCAGUACCUCAGUUUAUAGCACAUUGGUGUUUUAGUUCUACAGUUUGUGGGUUUCGGGCCAGUUUUGGUGUCCAUUGAUUAAGUUUUCCGGAGGUGUACAGCCGUUACUCGUACUUCAGUGAUGAAAAAGUUCAAAGUUUGAAGGAAGAUCUGCAGCUACUUCUCAGUUUUAACUGAUUGAUGCAUCUUGUAUGAGAAAGUGGCAGCAUUUCAUUACAGUCAUUAUUCCCAUUUAAUUUGAGCUUGUAGAAUGAGCUACUACAAUUUUUUCUGUAAUUGAUCUAUUUUAUAUUUCUGGUCCAAGUUGUGAAAGGUGUAAAUUAUUGUAGUUGUUUAGAAACUUCUUUGAUUAUUUCCCUUUUUAGGUUUCUACUAUUUUGGUGGGAUUCAUGGGUGCAAAGAAGUGGAAAAGAAACAAACAAAAAAAAGCACAAUAUAACUUCAUUUUUUUUUA